AUGGCGGAAAGCAAGCUGUACUUGGGGUUCGAUCUGUCAACGCAACAGUUGAAGUGCCUUGCCAUCGACGAGGACCUGGCGAUCAAAUGCACGGCGGUCGUGGACUUCGACCGGGAUCUAGCAGGCUACGAGACAGUGAAGGGAGUCUACACACGCGAGGACAAUGUGGUUGAAUCACCGGUGGAGAUGUGGCUUGAAGCCCUGGACCUCUGUUUCGAAAGGCUUGCGCGGGAAGUGGAUCUGGGGGCAGUUGAAGCCAUAUCAGGCUCUUGCCAGCAGCACGCUUCUGUGUACUGGACGGAAGACGUGAAGACCCGGAUACGGGAGCUCGAUAGUAGGAGCGGUCUACGAGCACAGCUGGGUCCAUGUCUAAGUCGAGCCAAUGCGCCGAAUUGGCAGGACCACAGCACGGAGGCCCAGCGCGAACAGUUUGAGGCCCACUGCGGGGGACCGCAGGAACUUGCGCAGCUGACAGGGUCGAAGGCGCACUUCAGAUUUACCGGGCUACAAAUCAAAAAGAUCAGGGAUACUGAGCCGGCCACAUUCGCCGCUACAGCGGCCAUCUCGCUCGCGUCUUCUUUCCUUGCCAGCGUCCUAGUUGGCAAGCUAGUGCCACCGGAAGAAGCUGAUGCGUGCGGGAUGAACCUCUACGACAUAGCACAGCACCGGUAUGACGAGGGCCUGCUGCAGAUGGUGGAUGACGCGCUGUUUGAUAAGCUGUGCGGCAACCCGGUGCGUUGCGACAAUGUGCGUCCGCUAGGGACUGUCUCACGGUACUUUAAGGAGAAGUACGGCAUCAACACCAGCUGCAACAUCUACCAGCUGACUGGGGAUAACUUGGCAACUAUAUGCUCUCUUCCACUUCAGAAGAACGAUUUGCUUGUCUCCUUAGGCACAAGCACAACUGUCCUGGCCGUCACAGAGAAAUAUAGCCCCUCCCCGAACUACCAUAUGUUUAUCCACCCUACAAUCCCUGGAAAUUAUAUGGGCAUGGUAUGCUACUGCAAUGGGGCGCUGGCGCGCGAGCGGAUCAAGGAUACCCUCGGAGAUGAGUCGGGCUGGGCUGCUUUUAGUAAGGCGCUUGAAGACGACAGUGUGGAUACCUCUGCAGAGCUUGGAGUAUACUUUCCGCUACCCGAAAUUGUGCCUUCUGUGGACCAUCCGUUAGUCAAGCGGGUCCGUAUCUCGCCCAAGGGACUUCAGGAGGUAGAGAGUUUCGCAUCGCCCGCCCACGACGCAAAGAAUAUAGUAGAGUCACAAGCGUUGAGCUGCAGGGUGCGUGUUGCGCCGCUUUUGUCGACCCCGCCGGAAAUAUCUGACACUGGAGGGCACGCUGCAUUCGACGGCCAGCAACGCGAUGUCGCAGAAUUCACAAGGCGGCCGAAUCGGGUGUUCUUCGUGGGCGGUGCAUCCAAAAACGAUGCCAUUGUCCGCGCGAUGGCAGAUAUUCUCGGUGCAAAAGGCGGCAACUAUAGGCUUGAGACUUCCAACUCCUGUGCGCUGGGUGGCUGCUACAAGGCAUUUUGGUCAGAUCUUCUGUACAAGCAAAAAACCAACGCUUCCUUUGCAGACUGGCUUGAUUCUGUCUUCAAAUGGGACCGCGACUGCAAAAUGCUAUGUAAGACUGAUAACCGCAAGUGGGCUGCCUCUCUUGGUAAAAUCGCUGCGCUAAGUCGGCUGGAGGAGACUCUUUAG